AUGUUAAAAAUUUAUUAAUUCAUAGUAAGGUUCUUUUUUCAUCCAGAGGAAGUGUCGAAUGAAUUGGAGCCAAAAAAAAUAAUGAAUUUAUGGACGUUAGAAUUUAGAAAUUCAGAUAUAGAAGUAAAAUAUUCAAAUAAAGAGAAAAAAAGAAUAAUUGUUCUUUUUAGGCUAUCAUACUUGAUACAUUUCUUUAUUAAUUUUAUCUACUUUAUUAAUAAUCAGUUUGUUUUGAAAAAUUAAGCUGUGGCAUAUUUAAGAAUUGGAUUUAGUUUUUGGCAUAUAAUAUGCUUAAUUUCAUAAGCAAACAUACAAAAAAUACAUUAUAAAUACUUUAUAUCAAUAUCUGAGAUAGUGAGUGCUUUUUCGACAAUAUUAAUAACAAAUGUAUAUAUAUAAGCUCAAUUAUUAAACAAAUAAUGUAAUUAGCAAACUACUGCAUAAGCUUUAAGUAGUGGAAUAUAAACUGGAAUUAUUAUAAUUAGCUAUUUAAUAGUUUGUCCUUUAUGGUUUUGUUAAGGUUUAAUAUUAGUAGCAGCAACAAUCUUAUUAGUAGGUUUAGUUGGAAUAAUUGAUUCAAUUUAUUGGACUUUUUAUGUAUUAUUGAUUAUGUUGUUUAUUUUUUUCCGUUGUUUGGAAUAUUAUAAGAGGUUAGAUUUUUAUAAGAUAUGUUAAUAAACUUCAAAUUUGAAUGCAUGCAAGAAUAUAUUUGAUAAGACAGUUCCAAAUUCAAUAUUAAUAUUAACAGGAUAAAAUGAUGAUUUAUAAGAUUCCACAAUUUCUGGUAAAGAAAUGAAAUUAAUUUAUACAAAUGAUUUUGCAAUAAAAUAUCUUUAAGUUUCGGAUGAAAAUGAGAUUAUUAGAAAAUUAAAGAGUAUAUUUAUAUAAACUGAAUAAGAGACAGAAUAAGAAUCAUAUAAUAGUUGUAUUAGCAUUUAUGAUAUUCUAUAAUAAAAGUUAAAUUAAGUUGAAGUUUAGUUUCAAUAAACAUCAAGUAAUAGAUCAUCAGUAAUAAAUAAUGAAUAUGAUAUUUCAGAUGUUAGUGAUUAUUAUUUAUGUUUCAAAUUUGAUUCAUAAUCUAAAGUAGCUUUAUCUACAAAAUCACAAGUAAAAAUUAAAUCACAUUUUGAAAUUCGUGUUUUACAUUGUAUUUGGGAAAAUAGAAAUUCAAUUUUGGUUAUUAUGAAUGAUAUAUCAGAAAAGAUUAGAUUGAAACAUUUAAAAGAAAUGGAUUAAUAUAAAGAUAGAUUAUUGGCAACAGUAUCACAUGAUUUAAAGACUCCAUUAAAUGGAAUGAUGAUAGAUAUAGAAAUAAUGUAACAUAUUUUAUCAUAAAAAUCAUCAAUUACAUUGAGUAACAUUGAAUAAUUAUGUGUACAUUUAGAUGAAUUUAAUUAAGCUGGUUAAUUAUUAUUGUCUAUGAUAAAUGAUCUAUUGGAUUAUAGUUAAAUUAAUAAAGGUUAAUUAAGAUUAAUACCUAAAACAUUUAAUAUAAAUAAUACCUUUAAAUUUAUAAAUUAAUUAUUGAAUAAAUAAUCUCUUGAAAAAGGAGUUAAAUUAAUUUGGUAAAAUACAAUUGAUGACAAAAAUAGUAUAUUAUUAACUGAUGAAACAAGACUAAAACAAGUUCUUAUUAAUUUAGUAGCCAAUGCAAUUAAAUUUACAAUGCAAGGUGAAAUCUCUAUUUUAGCUACUCAUAAUCUUGAAACAGAUUUAAUAGAAUUAUCUGUUUCAGAUACUGGAUAUGGAAUUCCAGAAGAAAUCUAAAAGAAUCUUUUUAGAUUAUAUAGUACUUAUGAUAUUGGUAAAAAUAAUAGACAUGGAGUUGGUUUGGGCUUAACAAUUAGUUAAUAAUUGGUUUCUCUUUUGGGUCCUUCUGACAAAAUUGAACUUAAAUCAUAGGUAGGUAAAGGGUCUACAUUUAAAUUUAAGAUAUAUAGAAUUUUAUAAUAAUAGCUUGAAAAUUCAAUAUAAGAAUAAGAUUUACAUCAAAAAUAAAUUGUACCUAGAUUUCCAUCAUAUAUUAAUAUAAAUUCUAGAAAAAAGAAAAGAGCUUAAAUUAAAAAGGCUCAAACAUAUUAUAAAUUAGAAACUACUCCAGAUGAUUCUUUUAAAAUUCUUAUUGUGGAUGAUACUCCAUUUAACAUAAUUGCUUUAAGUGCUAUGCUUAAUUAAGUUGUUAUUAAUUGUAAAUUGUUUAAAGCCUUUAAUGGAAAACAAGCAUUCGAUUUAUACUCUAAGGAAUAAAUGAAUAUAAUUUUUAUGGAUGUUAAUAUGCCAGAAAUGGAUGGUUAUUAAUGUACAUCUGAGAUAAGGAAAUUUGAAUAAAUUCAAAAGUUAUCUCAAUCUAUAAUCGUAAUUGUUACAGCCUUUUCAGGAUCUGAUGAUAAACUUAGAUCUUAAAAAUGUGGUGCAGAUUAUCAUUUAGAAAAACCUCUAAACAUGGAGGAUCUUAUAAAAGUUAUGAAGAAAUUUGGAAUUUUAUGA